AUGCUAAAGAAUACAAAUAUUAGUAUCCUUGAAACCAGGAAUAAAUUAAAAUAUGAAACCAAUCGAACAGAACUCAAUGAAUCUUUCUUCAUUUCUAACUCCUUAUAAUAAUUUCCAAGUAAAAAAGUUGAAAUUUAUGAUAAUAUGUCAUGCCUUGAAGAUUCAUAAGAAUAAAAAAUUCUUAAAAAACCUCUCAAAGGACAUCAAUGCAUAUCCAAUUUAAAACCAUCAUAAAAACUUUAACAAAUACUACCAUAACUAUCCUCCACCCAAUAGGUCGUUAGUUUGAAAUUAAAGAGUCGUUAAUAGAAGGUCAAGCCGAUAGUUAAAUAAUAAAGGAAUAACGAAUGUGUUAUUUAAUUGAGAUACUUGAACAAGUAAUUUGAAGAAUUGUAAAAAGGGUUAAUUUUAAAAUGCCUUUACAUCAAUACGAAUGACCGUGAUUAAUCUAUUGAUAAGAUAGUAAUAAUGAAUUUUGAAAGUAUUUUAUAACCAUUACUAAAGACCUUUUGAUAUAAUAAAGGAAAAACUUUUGGGAUUUCAGAACUGAGAUGAAAAUUUGUCCUUCCUUUCUAAGAGGCAGUAUCGUUGAGUAAUGUGAAAGCCCAUAUUGUCCAUGCGCAUUAAGAAAUGAUUUAAAGAACACUCUAAAAAUGUAAACUAAUUAUUUUAAUUUAUAAGAUUGUCUAAAACUUACUUGAUUAUUUUGAUAUUUAGUAGCUAAGCUUUCGCUCAAGUAUGGUAAAAGUAUUUAUUUUAUAAUGGAUUUUUUAUUGAUGCCAUAUACAUUAGUAAAAAUCAAACUUAACCUUAGUAAUAACUUGGAGGGAUAAAGCUUAAUCAAAUAGUUAGAGACUUCAGUAGGUUUAAUAUUGCUAAAGUUCUUUAUUUUGAUUCAGUCGACAUGACAAACACAUUCCCUAUUAUUUCUGCUGAAUAAUUUCAAAACAAAUUGCCAAUACUUGGUUCUAGUGUUGACACAAUCUUAUUUAUAUUCUAAUAACUCUAAAAUCCUAAAUAGUUUGAUUCGAAACUCAUUUGUGACAUAUGUGUAUCUUUCUCAAAAGAGAAUAAUUAUCGGUCUAUCACCAGCAGAAAAUCAGUUACCAUAAUCCCUAUAGAUAUAACUUAUGCCUACAAAUAUUACUAAUUUAAGGAGAAGAUAUCAUAAGAUAAAUUAUAGAUCGUUGAUAAAUUAACUUUCGUUUAAGAAUAAUUAUAAUCGAACAUUGAUUCGUUUGACAUAAGUCUUAUUGAAGAAGAAGAAGACUCAUAAUGUAGAUGGGUUGAUUCUAUGAAUAGUAAGAUGUCAGAUUAAAUAAAAAAAGAGAAAUUCAAGGAAAAGACACAUCUAAUUAAUUAUGUAAUUAGUGAUCUCAUAGCAAGGAAUCACAAAUUUAAGAAAAUAUAUUUUAAUUAUCCUGAGUAAUAAUUAAUUAAAAAAUAAUAAUUGAUUAAUAAAAAGAUGACUAGAUUGAAUUCAGAGAUGAUUGUCCAAUAAAAUAAAAUGAAAAAUUUGUUGUGCAUUAAUUGUUUUUUAUGUAUUGAAUGA